CCGAACUUCGCCACCCGUGUGGUGCACUGCGGCAUGGCCGAGGAGGGGCACCCGCACGGCGCCAUCGUCCCGCCCAUCACACUCUCCUCCACUUACAAGAUGAAGCCCAACGGCGAGCGGGGAGAGUUCAAAUACUCGAGAGUAGGAAACCCCUCCAGGAAGGCGCUAGAAGAUUCCGUAGCAAUGCUGGAAGACGCAAGAUACGGCCUGGCCUUCGGCUCGGGUAUGAGCGCCGUCAAGGCGGUCACCAUGCUGCUGGGCACGGGGGACCACAUCGUGGUGAGUGACGACCUGUACGGCGGCUCGACGGCUCUCUGGCGCAAUCACUCGGAGCGGAGCGGCGUCACCUUCAGCUACGUGGACACCCGGCGGCCGGAGGACAUCGAGGCCGCCAUCACGCCCCAGACCAAGAUGAUCUACAUCGAGACGCCGUCCAACCCGGCCAUGAAGGUGACGGACAUGCUGGCCGUGGUCGACAUUUGCCGCCGACACCCGGGCACCUUCACCGUGUGCGACAACACGUUCAUGUCGCCCUACUUUCAGCGCCCGCUGAAUUUUGGCAUCGAUAUUGUGAUCGAGUCCAUCACCAAAUACCUGAACGGACACUCGGAUGUUGUGAUGGGAGCGGUGGCAACCAACAGGGAAGACCUGUACAAGAGGCUGGCCUGCAUUCAAGUCGACAUCGGCCUGGUGCCCAGUCCUUUCGACUGCUACCUGGCCUUCCGCGGCAUUCGUACGCUGCACCUGCGCAUGCCGCGCCACAUGAGCGGUGCCCUGCGCGUGGCGCACUUCCUGGAGAGCCACCCACACGUGGAGCGCGUGCUCUACCCGGGCCUCGAGUCGCACCCACAGCACGCGCUGUUGAAGAGCCAGGCGUACGGCUGCAGCGGUAUGCUGAGCUUCUACGUCAGGGGCGGCAAGCCCGAGACCAUGGAGUUCUUCCGCCGCCUGAAGCUGAUCGCUGCGGCCGUCAGUCUGGGCGGCUACGAGAGUCUGGCGGUGUCACCAAUUUACACCACCCACAACCAGAACCCGAAGGAGGAGCUCGACUACCUGGGCAUCACCGACAACAUGGUGCGCCUGUCCGUCGGCCUGGAGGACCCCGACGACCUGUGCGCCGACCUGGACCAGGCCCUGAAGGCCGCAUGCGGCUCCGGCUAGCGGCGCCGGAAACGUCGCAUGUCCGUUUCUGGCGGCCCUACACUCGGAUCAAGGCCGAUAACGACACCGGGGCUGGCUACA